CGGCACACCAGGGACCGGGCGGAGCAGCGCUUGCCGCCCUUCGGCGCCGAGUGCCGGAGCUACGCGGAGGGCAUGGCCCGGCUGCCCCGCAUGAAGCCGAAAGCCGGCACCGAGAUCAGGUUCACGGAGCUGCCGAAGCAGAUGUACCCCAGCGGUGCUACUCCGGAGGAGAUAACCAGGCACAGCAUGGACCUCAGCUACGCUCUGGAGAAGGUGAUCAGCCAGCGAUACGCCAGUCAGCCUCUGGAUCUGCUUGCUGAGUUGCAGUUUGCUUUCAUCUGCUUCCUGAUCGGGAACGUCUAUGAUGCAUUUGAGCACUGGAAAAGACUCUUAAACAUCCUGUGCCGAUCCGAAGAUGCCAUCGGGAAGUAUCAAGACCUUUAUAUCAAUCUCAUUUCUGUGCUGUAUCACCAGCUCAGUGAAAUCCCAGCUGAUUUUUUCGUGGACAUUGUCUCCCAGGACAACUUUUUAACCAGCACCCUACAGGUGUUUUUUUCCUGCACAUGCAAUGCUGCUGUUGAUGGGACCCUAAGGAAAAAGGCUGAAAAAUUCAAGGCUCACCUAACGAAGAAAUUUAAAUGGGACUUUGAGGCAGAGCCUGAUGACUGCGCUCCUGUAGUGGUAGAACUUCCUGAGGGUUUCUGUGAGGAGAGCAUCACUGGCAGGAGCACAGCCUUCCUCCUGUGUUUUAAAACAAACUUUACCAUUAAAAUUUGUCUGGAUCGAGAAAGCUGCUCCUUUGCAGAGAAGGGGUUGUCAGUGAAGGAGAAGGACCUCUGGGUGGCUCCAUCUUCACAGUUAGUGGAGGUGAAGGAGGAGCUGGGGAACAAGAUCUCCUGCUCAGCUGCUGCCUGCCAACUGCUGUUCACCAACAGAC